GAUAUGCUUAUAGAUAUAAAGAAAGUAGCUAAGGGAAUGUACUCUAUUACUUCACUGUCCCAGUCAACAAAAGCAUGUUUAUUUUCUGUUGGAUUUUGUGUAAUUUCUAGCAACAUUUUUUUCGUUUUGGAUUGCUGCUGGUGAAAGACUCUUUUGUAUAUUUUGAUAUUUAGAUCUAUAUUCAUAUUGCAUUUUUAUUUGUGUAACAAUAAUGGCCAAUAAGCAUAAUAAAAGGCAAAGUUGUGGUAGAAAAAGAAAAUUUCGUGGGAAUAAAUACAUUAUCAUCAUUAUGAUAUCAUCAUGAUAUGAUAAUCAUGAUUACGAUUAUACACCAAGUCUGCAAAGUCUACAAGUAGUACAAGUGAUGAUCAUGGACAAGUUGGUGAACAACAAGAGGCACAUCAAGCUGCUUCACCUAAUGUAGAUAUUUCAUCUGAAUCAAGUUUAUCAGAUAAUCCACUGGAUUGUAAUAUCUUUUUAAACCUAGCAUGUUUUAAUAAUUUCUUGGCAAGUUACUUGAUAUAAUGUCCUAAAUGCUUCAACUAUUCUCUAAAUUUGUUUUUGAAUGAAAGAAACAGCCUCUCAGCACGUCACGACGGAUAAACCAAUCUCUGCAACGCUUCAGAGAGAUACAUUAUGGGUUCUCCUGAUGUGGAAAAAAAGCCUGGGACAGAGUAUAAUCCAUGGCUGUUCUCUCCCUGCAGUGUCAGUUACUUUACCAGCUUUUUGAAGAAAAAAUUGAGCUCCAGUCGAGGUUACACCUGUCUUGUCUACGCUGUCGAAGCAUCAGCCGACAUUCCAGAUGUAUCUGAUAAACUAUUGGGUCAGGUGAUCAAACCUGAUCAACAGUGUCAACAGUUUUUUGGAAAUGAUUCCUUCUUUUGCAGGGCUUCCGAAUCUAGACGCUCUAUCACUGAAAUCUGCCAAGCAAUGUUAUGUGCAGAUGUUUUAAGAGGGUUAUGUAUCCCGCAUAUAGCACUCACUGGAACAUCUUGUGGCGAUGGAAAGAAUGUGAACCAGGAGAUCUAGACUUGAGGCCAGAACUGUGCACUAACACUAGUGUCUGCCUGACAAAGUCAUCACUAUGCUGUCACUAUUGCUCGUUACAUUACAAUUCUUCAACUACAAGUACCACACAAUUAACGCCCCCCAACGAUACAGAGUGUGUACUAGGAGAACCAGAUUUAAGUCCACAGCUGUGUACUAGCCCAAGUAUCUGCCAGGCACAACCAUUGAUGUGCUGUAAAUAUUGUUCUUCCCGUGACAAUUCUGCCAGCCGUCUCUCAUUAUACACUAUUUGGAUAGAUCUAUAUUAUUCUAUAUCGUUGUUUUUUGAAUUGCGUUCUAUUACUAUAUGUCUAUUAGGUAGAUAAAGUACAAAUGUCUAUUAGGAAGACAAAUUACAAAUGUCUAUUAGGUUGCUAAAGUAGAAAUGACUAUUAGGUAGAUAAAGUACUUAGUAGCCCGAGUAGGUCUACUCCACUGAAAUCCCCUUGGCCUUGUUCGAUAUUUUACUAGAUUCUAGAUUAUAUAGAAUAUAUAUACUACAACAAGUUAGUUUUAGUUUUUGUCCCCACAACGAUAUCAAUCAUAAUGAAGCAAUCAUUGGUGUACUGUGCAUGAAAUAAUUGUAGUUUUAUAGACCUCUAAUAAAACGUGGCUUUGAUAAUUGAGGUAAUUGAUAAUUUGCAUGCUUUUGGACGUCCUCUUCUAAUACUGGAUAAAUUGUGUUGCUAGUUUGUUUUUUUCAUUAAACGAUUUCAAGUUCAUUAUAUAAUGUGUUGCCUUUUCCAUUUAUAAGUUAUUUUACAGUUACUACACUUGUAACGACUUGUUUGUUUUGUUUCUUUUAGUGUAAAUGAACUUUCCAAUUUAAUUUUUUAAAGCAUUGAUUCUGAUUUGCCUUUAAAUGUAUUUAUAAAUCUAUAAAGAAAACUUAACUAGACCCAACACCGGAUGGCUCUCUCUGCACUAGAUGUGGAAAAAUAUACAGGUUGUGACUGGGUUUGAGUAGUCAUGUGAAACACUGCAUUCAUUAAAAUCUUGGAAAUUGAAGGCUUUGACAUUCAUU